AUGUCUCCUGACGCGGAGUCAGUGUCUUCUUCUUCGUCUUCCAGCUCAGAUGAAUCCGGCGCUCCUCCACCUCCGCCUUCGUCUGUGGGUUCGUCGGGUGGCGCUUUGAGGGUGUCCUAUACUUCCAGAAAGUCUCGUCACUGCACCCUGUGCAAUGCCAAGUCCACUGACCAGUCACCUCUGGAUUAUUCGGAGGAUAUUUUUCCAGAAGUGCAGGGAAGAAUCCCGUGGAGAUCUUACGAGAAGGUCAAAAUGGAUGACGGAGAGCAAGUUCGUGUGCCCUCUGGAAAGCUUUGCUUGAUUUGCUUCAACGUCUACAGAGCCCUCGGUUUGCAGGCCACGUACAAGAAAGUUGAAGACUACUUCAACUGGGUCUCCGUGAGAAAAAAUCAGGUCGUGACCGAACAUAUUUUCGGCAAAGAAAUUCAGGGCUGCUGGAUCUUGAAAGGGAAGAAAGGUGAAUACGAUUUUGAAGAGUACCAAGACACCGCUCUGCAAGAAAAAGAGCAAUUGCACAAUUCAGCAGAUGCUCCCUUUUCUGAAGAAGCUUUGGGCCGCAAACGCAAAGCCAUGAUGGACGAGUUCGUGGAAAGCUCCACUACGAGAGACAAGGCCAGUGUGGAAGGCCAAGAAUUGCCCAUGCAAGGUUUGCUUGCAGCCAUCCAAAUGGGACAUGAUCCAUCUUCUGGUUCCACUGGUGAGGCGGUUUCCACCGUUUCCGCCUCCGGCGAGGUUCAAAGCCAUGAAGCAGAAGAGGAGUCCACCAGCGACUGCGCGUCAGAAGAGGAAGAGGCCCGCCCAAGCCUUUCGUUCGCCCCCCGACCGCCGAAGGCCAAAGCCCAUGGCAAGCCUGCGGCGAAGCCUCAGGCUAAAGGAAGCACGCAGCCGUCGAAAGCUCCAAGUUCUUCUGUCGUGCCUGUCCCUGCACCCAGUGCGCCAGCCGCCAAGAAGACCACCAAGACAGAGCCUGCUCCCAGCAAAGUUCCCAGCAAAGGCACAAAAGCUUUGCAACAAAGCGGCAGCGACCAAAGCUUAGAGAGCGCAGCGACGCUGCUUGCAGACGGUCGGGCCCAGAGGGCCUUGAAGAAUUUGCAGGAGAGUGUUGCCAAAUGGAAGUCCCAGCUGGCAGACAUUCGGGUCGACGAUGCGCCUCCUGCGCCUGAUGCCCAGGCUCAGACCAAAUUUAAGCAAGCGUGCAUAGACAGAGCCAAUGUUGCCAAGGCCUUGGCCCGGCAAGCCCGAGACUAUGGCAAGCGCAUGGACAAGAGUUCCAACAAGGACAAUUUCUUAGGGGAGCUCGAGGAACUGCAAAAGGUGGAGUUUGCUGCUGUGGCUGUCCAGGCCUUGUUUCAGAUAGCUGGUGCGCAAAAUUCAGCUCCAACUGCUGUUGUCAAAGCCUUUGAGGAUGCCAGCGAGCAUGUUGAUCUCUUAGGCUGCAACGCUCUCGGAGCAGGUUUCCAGCUCAAGUACGCUUUUGCAAAGGCGGGCUCGCAUUGUUUGUACCAGGAGUACGAAAAGUAUUGCGCCGCCUUCUUGGGGUCUUCUGAGUUGAUGAAGGGCCUUGCCGAGAACAUUGGCCAAGAUAGUCUGCAGAACCACGUCAUGGCAGAAAUGGAAGGCCGCCUCACUUUGGCUUUGAGGACCAUUAAGCCAACCGACGUCCAAGCUGUUGUCAAUGGUCUUGAGGAGCCCUCCAAUCUUCAAGAGUGCGCUGAUCUGUGCAAAGCGGUCAUGGACGUCGGUCAGAAACAUGGCUCUGACUUUUUGGCUUCUGGCCUUGGCAAAGCUUGCACGAUUGCCUUUGGCAUAGUUAGUUCUGCAGAUAUUGAAGUAACCAAUGACGCCCUCAAAGAGAUUCAGUCAUUCAGGGAGGGCGACGCAAAGGAUGAAAAGCCAGGAGCUAUUUUGGUUUAUUUCCUGGAGCACACAGUUGGUAAAUCCUUAGUGGAUUUGGCCACUGGCCGGGUUGGAGCUGGGGAGACCGAAGCAGUUGCCACUGAACAUCUCAAGACCUUGCAAGGAGAAGUGUCCAAAUUGCAAUCAGUGUGCUACGCAGGCUCAGUUGCCGGUGUCCAACUCAUUUCUGCCGAUUUGGAACCAGUAGACAAGCUUAUUGGUGAUUGCCAGAAAAGCAUCGCAUGUCUGAAGAGCGGCAAGGACACCAAAGGCAAGAAUGCAAAACAUGAGAAGGCAGACGCAGCAGAGAGCAAACAACGACAUCGAGCGCAUGAUCGCCUGGUGGAAGCUUUGAAUGAAUACAAGGCCUCUUUCGCAGAGCGGGCGCGGGAACUUUUGCUGCAGGAGUUGAAAGCAAACCUUUCUGAGCAGUUGCUCCUUGGCGUCAUCUCUGCAAUGCUUUGGACAGUGACUGCAUGGUCACAGAAGAAGGUGCUGCAGGAUUACGAAAGCUUGUCAGUUCAGUUGUGUUCCAUGGCCAAGUUUGUCUUUUUCCAAAGCCCGAAGUUCAAGGGAAAUGCAAAGCAGCAAGUGGAUGUUAGCGCUACGGAUCUGAAAAGCUGGGUGGAAAAGCUUCCAGAAAAGUUGCUUGAAUGGGUUGGCGCUGAUUUGACCACCUCUAUGAGAGUCACAUUCUUGUCUGUUUGUGAGGAACACCAGCGCUCAUUGUUUUCAGCAGGAUUAGAUGCCGUCGCUGACGUGGUUAAGAAAUGCGUUGGUGGACCGCUGCCUGCGUGUGAUAAUCUCCUGCAGCAGCAGCUGCUGAUGAAAAUUCCGAAAGCGCAUAGCCUCAAGCCUGUCGUCACAGCGUUUCUCAAGGUUGUGGGCCAUGAAGGAGGCACCGAUGACAAGCACAAGGAGGUGGUGGACCUGCAUUCAACAGGCAAUCUUCUUUGUGAUGCUUUCGGUUUGCAACCGAAUGAGGCGGAUUUUGAGAAGAGCUGCUUGAAGGAUGCGGUUCCUUGGCUGGAGGGUGUUGCUAAAAAGCUUGCAAGAUAUUUUCUUCAGAAGUUCGAAGACGCGACCGCCAAGUUGAACGCCGGUGUGAAGAAGGUGAUUGCAAUCAAGAUGCCGAGCUUGGACAUGGAGGACGAGUACCGGAAGCAGGGCGUGAGAGUUGUGGGUACCCUUGCUCAGCUCACGGCUGCGGUAGAGGACGACAUCAAGACUUUAAGGGAUGUGCGACAAGCCCUGUCCAACCUGAAAGGCGUCAAGUUCGCUCCGCAAGGGAAACCUCCAGCUGUGGAAGAGAUAUGCGCUUUCCAAGCAAGGUUUCAGGAUCCUUUUGCUCCGGCAACUUACGAGCUUGAUGCUGGCAAGCAUGCAAAAGAAGCAUCCUUCCAUGUGGCCGCAGUGGCUGCGUUGUGCUUGCUUCGGAGUGACGGCAUGAAAAAGGCAGACAGUAAGACUACCAAGCAGGUCGCAGAUGUUGCUGUUACUUUGCGGGGCAAACUGGAGCUCGUGGCAGAAGAUUCUGCGGAUCUCAAGACAGCCGGCAAGCGAUUGCUCGAGGAGUGUGAGACGUACGGAAAAGUCUCGCCAAGGGCAGCGAAAGCCAAGGCGGCGACAGAGACUAGCCACAGCUCGGCAUCCAAGAAGUCGCGAGUCGCUGAGGCACAGGAUGCCGGCAAGAACGUCAACAAGGAGGAAGCGUCCAAGAAUGCGACAGACACUCAGAGCACACCGCCGCCAGAGAAGGCAGCUGCAAUGGCUGGGUUUUUGACGUGUGAUUGCCGCGUGUUGACUGACGUGUAA